AUGUGGUUGAUUGCCUGCCUGUUUAUUGUUCCUAUUUGCGCUGCUCCAACAACCCAGAAUGUCGAGGCGGAUCCCAAUUCACGGCUAAUGAACAACAUCCUCAGCUACGUGGCGGAGGAUUCCAGUGCGUGCGGCACCUACUUUCAAUAUGCCUGCGGCAAGUACGCAGUACGUCACCGCGACGAUCCCUUCACGGAGAUCAUCCAGAUGCUGGACCACAAGGUGAACGGAAACCUAGUCCAACUGAUGCACGAGCUGCACCAGCGCUCCCAGUCACCCGGCUUCAACGAGUCCAGUGUGGAGGCCAAGGUCUUGCACUUCUACCGCACCUGCCGUGAAGCUCCGCCGAGUACACGCAAGAUGGAGCACUACCUUAGACUAGCCCCUCCUGGCCAGGCACUUACAUGGCCCCAGUUUAUGCCCCGCGGCGAGCCAUGGCCAAAGGCUCAAUUCAAGUGGAUGAAGUCCUUGGGACACCUAUACCGCUAUGGGUUUACCAAUGUUUUGGUGAACGUGUUGGUCUUACGGAGCUCUGAGAACAGUAACCGCUUCCGACUGGACAUCAGUAUGCCUAGUCUCGAAGGGGACGCGCAGCACCUGGGCGGUUUUCUAAGUACCCUCGCCACUCUCCAGAUCAUUGGUGUGCCGACGAAAAGCAUAUUACCCCUUGUGCGGAAGAUCAGAAGGCUAGAGUCCGCCAUACGCGUCCUAACCGAAGUGGACGACGAUGAUGAAAGCGAGACUUGGACUUUGCGCCAGUGGGAGUACAAAACCGGCUACGCAUGGCAGGGUUUCGUCGAGUCAAUAGUUGGCCAUAGUGUCUCACAUCACUACGUGAUGCAGGCGCAGAAUGCAAAGUACUUCACGGGCCUUAAGCGGCUGAUGGACUCCACGGACGCCGAGGUGGUGGCCAACUACAUCAUGACCCGAUUCGUGCUCUACCUCAUAGACGACUUUAUUGACAGCAAUGAGCACAUUGAUUGCGUCACGGAUAUGCGCCGCAACAUGAAUCUGGCAUCGAACCUGCUCUACAAGGAGCGCUUCCUGGACCCUGCGACACUACAGCAGUACACCCAGGAAGUUACGAAGGUCUUUGAACAGCUGCGCCGGCAGUUUCUACUGCAAAUCAAUGAGAAUCGCCUUGGGCUAACCAGUGAGCAGAACAGUAUGGUUGCCACAAAAGCUCAGCAUGUCGUUCUCAAUAUUGGGAAUUUGCCAAGAGGUCGUGACCAUCGUAGCUUUGUCAGCCGGCACUAUGAGGAUCUUGUCUUUCCGCUCCCUGAUUUCGACUACGCACGUGAACAUCUUAACCUGCUGGAGUUCCGCACCAGAAAGCAGGUUUUACAACUUAACCAAAGUGCUCCGACACCCGAUGAGUUCUUCUACUUGUCGGAUCCUAAAACGGCCAUGAGCUCCGGACCCUACUACCUAAUGCGACUAAACAUCAUCGUUGUGCCACACGGACUUCUACAGGAGCCAUUCUUUGCAGCGGAUAGCCACGACAUAUUCAAGUACAGCCUGUUGGGAUUCGUACUUGCCCAUGAGUUGAUGCACUCAGUCGACACCGUGGGUCUUUAUUAUGACAGAUAUGGGAACAUACACGAAAUCGGACCGCAGAUAUCCAGUUCGCCACGCUUUGUGGCGGGUUUACAGUGCCUGAACCGGAACAGUACACAGUAUCUGGACGAGCGUAUUGCAGACAUUGCUGGACUGGAUCUGGCCUAUUCCACCUACUUCCAGAACAGCUCGCAAAUGAGUCUAACCGAUUUUACGACCAUUCCGCCGCAACAAAUCUUCUUCCUCAAUCUGGCACAGUUCUUCUGCGGCGAUGGUGAUCCAAUAAACUUCGUUGGUCACGACAACGACGAGACGCGUCUGCAGCAAAUGCUCAAUGGGUUCGCGCCGUUUCACGAAGCUUUUGGUUGUCCAGCAAAGAGCAAUCAGCCUGAAAAGUGCCAACUGUGGUAACUGGAUUCAAGUAGUGCUUGAAAUCUACUAGUGUAUAAAACUAUAUUAAACAAUAAACUAGAUGGAUCUGAAAAGAGUUCACUACCCCAUCGAGUUACUCACUCACAUUU